AUGGCAUGUCCUUUUGAUAACAAUCCAGUGGAUGAAGGUGCAGCAUUACUGCGCAGAGAAUUAAAUAUUCGUCGGGAGAUGGUUAUCAGACUGCGCAUAGAUGUUCUAGCAUUUCCAGACAAUUAUCUUUUUGAGCUGUACCGUUUCACGUCACAGUCCAUCAUCUACAUACACAACCUAAUCCGUCCUUACAUUUGCAACAUUACCAGUCGUAGUCAUGCUCUCACAUCCCAGCAGAUAUUGUGUGUUGCCCUGCGUUUCUUUGCAAAUGGAAGUUUUUUGUACAAUGUCGGAGAUGCAGAGCACUUGAGUAAGGCAACUGUAUGCAGGGCGGUCAGAAAAGUGUGCCUCUCCCUGAAACGGCUUUUACCCAUCUUUGUCAUUUUCCCUGGACAUAAACCUGUCAGAGCCAUCAAGGAGGAGUUCCACAGGAUUGCAGGAUUUCCCAGUGUGAUUGGCUGCAUAGAUGGCACACACAUUCCCAUCACGGCUCCCUCACAUAAUGAAGCCGAUUAUGUGAAUAGGAAGUCCAUUCACAGCAUAAAUGUGCAGAUCAUAUGUGAUGCAGCCCACAUCAUUUCCAAUGUGGAGGCCAAGUGGCCUGGGUCUGUUCAUGACUCGAGGAUAUAUCGCGAGUCUAAUCUGAGCAACAGACUGCAACGUGGAGAGUUUGAUGGCCUUCUGCUGGGUGACAGGGGUUACCCAUGCCAACCUAGGCUGCUGACCCCUUACCCUGACCCUGAACCAGGCCCCCAACAGAACUUCAACCGGGCUCACUGCAGGACGAGAGCCCGGGUGGAGAUGACCAUAGGCCUACUGAAAGCCCGUUUCCAGUGCCUACGUCACCUCAGGGUGACCCCUGAGAGGGCCUGUGAUAUUAUUGUGGCAUGUGUUGUUCUUCAUAAUAUUGCCACUAUUAGAGGAGAGCAACACCCUGCCCUACAAAUUGAAGACCCUGAUGAUGGUCCCAUCCACCUGCCAGCUAUCCAGGACGGCAGAGCAGUCAGAGACACCAUGUGCCAUAAUCACUUUAGAGUUUAA